AUGGAGACAGGUCAGCUUGGAGGUAGUCUGCCAAAGUUUGGCAGUGAGAUCAACGCCGCGCAUCAGCCUGGUUUGACAGGCGCAAGCGACCACUCUGACGUCACCCUGGCGCCCGCUGCUGUUUCACCAACGAUGCCUCUCAACCAGCCGCUGCCUACUUCGUCUUAUAGCUAUACUGCACCCACCAAUCGAAGCGGUCACCUAUCUGGCACGCACACGCCUUCUGCCUUUGCCUCUGCCAACAAUGGUCAAGGUACUACCGUUGGCAAUGACCCACUUGAUCUCUUCCUAUCGGAAAGUCACUUUUUCGAAUCUGUCCUAACGAGUCAAGGUCAAGAUCAGUUCUUUGCAUGGCAGCAGGUCGAUCCUUCCCAUCUCGACCAUCUCGUCAACUUGGGCGGCAUAGGGCCUGCUGACGUGCCGCCUGCAUGA